AUGGGUCAGUGCUGGCCCCGGCAGUGCUGGGAGCGGUUGCACUGGAUGAUGUUGAAGCUCUUUCCCAGCGCAGCUGAUCCGAGGGUUCAGUUCCCGCACCCGUCGGGCUCCGGGGCUGGGUUGGGCUCCGGGUGGGUAUCAGGAUUAAACCCAUCCCAGGGCGCAGCCGCUGCCCUGGCUCGGGGGGGUUGGUUCAUUCCCACCGCCCUUUGCCGCUCCAGUUCCUGCUCCUGCAGCGCCGCUGGGACCGGCCCAGCCCGGCCGGGAGUGCGCGGGGGACAGCGGGGUUCGGGGUGUCCUUUGCGGGGGCAGAGCCUGCAGCGGGGCCGGAGCCGGGGCCAGCCGCGAGCGGGACAACGGGACGGGCUCAGCGCCCUCCGCCGUUACCCGCUGCCCGGGGCGGGGCCGGGGGCGGAGCUCCGCAGCCACAGGUGCCGUUGUCCCGUCCCGGCCAUGGGCUCCCCGGUCCCGGCCAUGGGCUCUCCGGUGCCGCCGCCGCCGCCGGUGCCGCCGCCGGUGCCGCCGCCCCCCCCCGCGCUGUCGCCGGGUGCGCGGCUGCGGGCGCUGCACUGGGAGCCGGUCCCCGCCUGGCGGGUGCGGGGCCGCCGCUCGGUCUGGGCCCCGCCGCCCGCUCCGCUCCCGCCGCUGGACCUGCCCCGGCUGCGGGCGCUGUUCCGGGAGCCCCGCGGGGCCGCCCCGGGGCAGCGCCCGGCGCCCGCGGCCGCGCUGCUGGAGCACAAGCGGAGCCUCGCCCUCGGCGUCUUCCUCAAGCAGCUCAAGCGCCCCGUCGAGCAGGUUGUGCGGGACAUCGAGGAGGGCGUCGGGGCCCCCUAUGGGGCAGAGAAGCUUCUGGAGCUGUCCCGGCUGCUGCCCAGCGCCGCGGAGGUCGCCCGGCUGAGAGCGCACCCCGGCAGCCCCCGGCAGCUCCCCGAGCCCGAGCGCUUCAUGGUGCUGCUGACUCGGGUGCCCAGCUACGCCCAGCGCCUGGAGCUGCUGGUGCUGCAGGAGGAGUUCUCGCCCCGGCUCCGCGCCCUACGCGGCUCCAUCCAGACCCUGGCGGCCGCCGGUGCCGAGCUGCUGGAGUGUGAGGAGCUGCACCGCAUCCUGCACCUCAUCCUGAGCGCCGGCAACCACCUGAACGCGGGCGGCUACGCCGGCAGCGCCGCCGGAUUCCGCCUCGCCUCGCUGCUCAAGCUGCCGGACACCAAGGGCAACGAGCCCGGCAUGGACCUGCUGCACUUCGUGGCCAUGGAAGCGGCGCGGAUGGACAGGACCCUGCUGGAGUUCCCGGAGAAGCUGCGCCACGUGGGCCUGGCGUCGCGCAUCGACGCGGCCGAGGUGGAGCGGGAGCUGCGGCGGCUCGCGGGGCGGCUCGCGGGGGCGCGCGGGCUGAGCGCGGCGGCGCCGUUCCUGCGCGCGGCCGAGGAGGAGCUGCGCGCGGCCUGGCGCGCGCUGGAGCAGCAGCAGCGCGCGGCCGCCGCCACGCUCGAGUUCUUCUGCGAGGAGGCGGCUGCGGGCGCGCUCCCGGCGCUCUGCUCCGUCCUGCACCGCUUCGCGCUCGCGCUGCGCGCGGCCGCGGGUGACAACGGCCGCCGUGAGCAGGCGCAGCGCCGGCGGCAGCAGCUGGAGCGCGGGAAGCGCCACUCCAUCGCCUCCUGCUCCGCGCCCACCGACACCGGCCCCGCCGCCCAGCGCCGCCUCCCGCUCACCCCGCAGCCCCCGCGCCGCGGCUCCGAGCCCGCCCCGCGCCAGCAGGAACCGCCCGGCCCCGCGCCGCCGCCCCCGGCCGCUGCUGCCCCCGAGCCGCCCCCCUCGGGCCCGGGCCCGGCCGCCCCCCGCCAGGGCUGGGCCCUGCUGCGCCUCCUGCGGCGCCUGGCGGCGGGGCCGGGCCGCGGGGCGCCCCCCAGCUGA